GCGAUAAAGAACAGAUCUACAGUCGCCACGUGAUAAAAUCAAGAAGCGCGCCAUUUAUCGACGCGCCCCGACGCGCUUUAUCGACUUCGUCGAUCGCUGUCGUGGCUGGCUAGCGUUCCUCCGUAAUCGCCCAGUGAUGAAUCACUCGUCCUGUCACGUGUUCACUACCGCCGUUUCCGAUUCGGUUGAACGAUCUCUAUCUUUUCCUCAUGUGCGUCAGCUUGUGUACACAUAGCUAUCGUGCGCGUCGCGUCGUUCGCCUAUGCCUCCGCGAUAGACAGGAUGUAAAUUUAAUAGCGCAGAAACGUUUCUCCGGCACUUCGAUCGUCUCACGAACGACGCGACAGGCUGAGUAAAAUGCGGUGAAGGGAAUCCUAACCACACGCACGCACACACGUGAAAAUGACAGAUCCGUCGACGAGCGUCGUCGGGAUUAAUCGGGACGACGAGGGCAGCAUCGACACGUACGUCCAGGAGGAUCGUGAGAAGCUGAUCAAGCCGAGGAAUAAUUUUGCGUCGUACUCCAAUGACGACACCAGCGUGCGAUUUCGCAGUAUCAUCAGUAACAGUAUCAGAGAAUGCAACAUUGCGGAGGGUAUCUCGGGUCAGAACCCGAGGAGGCUGAAUAUCGGGGACAUAACCCCAGGAGCGACAAACUUCCUGUCAACCAAUUACGAGAGUUUAGAUUACGAUACGUGCGAAAAUUACCUUUUACAAGAUGAAGAGAGGAAGAAGGGCUACAAGUUCAUUGUCAAGAAGAACUUCGCCAGAUGGUUCAUCUUUCUCUUGAUAGGAAUCUGCACUGCUCUCAUAGCAUGUUUCGUAGAUGUGUCGAUUGAAGAAUUAUCCAACCUGAAGUAUGGCUUUCUUAAGAAAUAUGUGGACCAAUGUGUGAUGGAGAAUUGCCUUUGGUUGCCAUAUGCGAUAUGGUUGGGUUUGAAUAUAAUUCCAGUGUUAAUAGGUGCUAUUCUAGUGGCCUACGUCGAACCUGUCGCCGCAGGGAGCGGUAUUCCGCAGGUGAAAUGUUACCUAAACGGUGUCAAGGUACCACGAGUCGUGCGUAUCAAGACUCUGGCUGUGAAAACUAUCGGUGUUAUAUGUACGGUAGUCGGAGGUCUAGCUGGAGGCAAGGAAGGUCCUAUGAUACAUUCUGGCGCCGUUGUCGCCGCGGGAAUUUCUCAGGGCAAGAGUACGACCUUCAGAAAAGACCUGAAUAUAUUUAAAUACUUCAGGGAGGACCACGAGAAACGAGACUUUGUGUCGGGAGGCGCUGCUUCCGGAGUGUCGGCGGCUUUCGGAGCACCGAUCGGCGGAGUGUUGUUCAGUAUAGAGGAAGGCACUAGUUUCUUCAAUCAGAGCCUCACGUGGAGGACAUUUUUCGCCAGUAUGAUCACCACGUUCACUCUAAACAUAGUCCUGAGUGCGUACCACGGUCAUCCUGGCGAUCUUUCCUAUCCGGGCUUGUCGAAUCUGGGGAAAUUCGGGUCGAUCCCCUAUGAAGUUUACGAGAUCCCAUUGUUCAUGCUGAUGGGCACGCUCGGCGGCCUUCUUGGCGCGCUUUGGAAUCACGUCAAUUACAAGAUCACCUGCUUCCGUUUGCGCUUCGUUACACGAAGGUGGCUCAAAGUAAUGGAGGCUGUCUCCGUGGCGGUACUGAGCGCGACGUUGGGCUUCCUGAUGAUAUACUUCAUCGACGACUGCAAGCCGUUGGGCAAGGACCCCACCAAGUAUCCGGUUCAGAUGUACUGCAAGAGCGGAGAGUACAACGCAGUCGCGAGUUUGUGGUUUCAAACUCCGGAGAGCAGCGUGCGAUCUCUGUUUCACGAUCCGAAAGGAUCUCACAACGACAUGACGUUGGCCAUUUUCGUUGUGUUGUACUUUUUCCUUGCUGCUUCCACCUUCGGCCUGUCAAUGUCGAGCGGGCUUUUCAUUCCUUCCUUGUUGAUCGGAUCCGCAUGGGGAAGACUGAUGGGAUCGGGUCUCGCGAAGAUAUGGCCGAAUUGCGUAGUACUGGAUCCUGGCAAGUACGCUUUACUGGGUGCCGCCGCCCAAUUGGGAGGGGUGGUCCGAAUGACGAUUAGUUUAACCGCUAUUCUGAUAGAAGCUACGCAAGGUAUAUCCUUCGGUCUGCCUGUCAUCGUAGUUCUUAUAAUGGCCAAGUGGGUCGGCGAUUUCUUCAACGAGGGAAUUUACGACAUUCACACGCAAAUGGCCGGAAUUCCGCUUAUCCCGUGGGAGCCGCCGCCGUUGUCGAGUAACAUUUACGCGAGUGAAAUUAUGAGUCAUCCGGUGGUGACCCUGAGGACCGUCGAAAAUGUGGGGCACAUCAUCGAGCUUUUGAAGUGCGUUACGUACAACGGGUUCCCGGUAGUCGAUCCACCGAGCAGCGACCAGAGUGAAAUAAGUACUUACGGUCGAUUCCGUGGUCUGAUACUGCGUUCUCAGCUAAUAGUGUUGUUGCAAAACAAAAUAUUCAACGAGUACGCGGAGUCUUGGGACAAGUCGUUGGACAUCAAAAUCUUUCGGAAAGAAUAUCCCAGGUAUCCAACCAUCGAGCAAGUCGCUGUCACCAGCGAGGAGAAAACCUUCACGAUAGAUCUGAGACAUUUCAUGAAUCCUGCUCCGUAUACGUUACAACACUCCGCAACACUGCCAAGAGCCUUCAGACUGUUCAGAGCGUUAGGAUUACGCCAUUUACCAGUGGUGAAUGACACAAACGAGGUGGUCGGUAUUAUCACGCGAAAAGACGUCGCCAGAUUUAGGAUAUGGAAGCAUCGAGGAAGAAUGGGACUGGACGAAUUAAUAAUCACUAACAAAAUUUAGUCUCAGGUUUCUCAUCUCACCGUAUGAAUCUUUUAUCGUGCUCAGGAUAUCGAUAAGGCCUGUUGUAAUUCCGAUAUACUUUAUUUUGAUAUAGAUUACAGAUAGAUUUUAUCUACUACACGCUACUACUCAAGGAUGAUCAGGUAAAGAGGCACAACUAGAGAUUUAUGCCCCAAGAGAAAUGCAAUUAAAAGAAAUAACUUGCCAAAGAUUAAUUUAAUGUGUAAAGAAAGGUAAAAUUCGCAGUACCGCUUAAGCUAUUCAGGUAUUGAAAUUUUAAUUAUUUACAAAUAACUCCCAUCCAAGCCAUGACCAAAGUUUGAAGAAGAGAUACAUAGGAAGAAUGACUAGCGACAGAAGAAAAUAGUAUUCGUAAGAUGAAAUGUACAUAUUGAAUAGGAUGGAUCUAUAUAAUAUACUUUGUACAGCA